UAUGGUGGAAUCAGUCACUGGCGAGUUGUGGGUGGUGACUAGUCGGCGACCCAUCCGUCCGUGUAUAGGAAAACGUGGCUUCCGCGUUUCAUUCUAUUACCGCUACUUUCCUCGCAACGAAAUACGCGGAUAUCGAUCCCCUUCGUCGAUCUCGUGCACGUGCCGUCGCGUUCCUCGACCGUCAAAUUCGUUCGAUCCAUCAAUAAUUACGUAAUGAUUAAUCGAUUUUUAAAAACUCUGAUUUCGUUCGUGUGAGUGUAGUGGUUCAUUGGUGAGGAUUUAUUGUGCAAUCGAUUAUUUCGUGCGUAUGGAACUUGGAUCUGUUCUCCUUUUUUUAUUGAAGUUCAGUACUACGGAUUGCGAGGAAGUGCAUUGCGUACCUACGAGAGAAAAUUAUUUUCUUUAAAAAUAUUUGAUCAAUAGAAUCAAAGCCGAACUUCAUUGCGCGGAGAGUCGAGCUAAUGAUAGAAGGAACGAGAAUCUUCGAUGAAAUUCCUAGGCAUAAUGGAUGUCGUUCGAUCGUUUAGAUUGGUCCUCCUUUAUUAGGCGCGCGUGAAAGUGUUUCAAGCUUUCGAAAACGGCACCGAAAUUCCAGACAUCGAACGAUGCCCGAGCCAUCGUUCACGAUGCCUUUCGUAACUCGCGGUAACACCAGAAAUCUCGUUUCAACGGAACUAAGGAAUAAAUGAAACCAUAUUCUUGUGCUGGUUUUCGCUUAAGACCGCUGAGAGGAGGAAUAGCCGUUGGAAAAGCGGGAACACGGCGCGGAUAAUUUCUGCGCGCGUCACCCAUAAAUACCUGUUGGAUCUCGCAGGAGAAAAGUCACCGGGAUAUCUACGAGCAACAGGCCUGGAAUAUCUGCCGUUGCGAACAGGGUGUAAAGUAUCAGAGAUUCGUCGAGCAUAGAUCUUCUAGAUGACGAGAUAACGCUGAACAAGGUGAACGUACGGAUACCCGAGGUUUCUAUUGGAAUCCUUCGAAUCUGAUACGGCAUGUUCGGAAUUGUAGAAUGCAAUUGAUUGCGACAAGACCGAGAAACACGGGGAAUAGAAAUGGACUCGCGGGAACCUUAAAUAAAAAUGCUUAUUAAAACCCGUCUCGUUUUGGAUGGUAAGAGGACAGUGAAAAAGACAUCCAGGUAAUCCUUGCGGACACUUCCUGUAUCUUUGGGUCAUCUCGAGAUUUCGCGAUAAACCGAGCAACACGAGGAGAGCAAAGUUUGAGACUGGCUCGGGGGCACAGAUAUACCAAGAUGACGAACACAUUGUUCCCUUUUAACGAAACGAGCACGCGUCGUAAGAUUUCAACGUGAACUGCCGAGGAUUCAGAAAUGACUCACUUUGCGACUUAUGUCAGGAACAUCUCUUAACAGAAAAGAAAAUGCCAUAACAGCCGUAAAAAAGAAAUUGCAACUUGUAAAUCACGCAGAACUACUUGAAAAAUCUGUGAACUCUUCGUCCCGUAAAAAAACCGGAGAACAGUAUGGAUACUUGAUUUGAACGUUGCAAAUCUGGGAAGCGUUUUAAGUUCAUUGAAUUUCGAGUAGAGAAAAGACCGGCAAAAUAGAGUAUCCCGGGGGUAGCGGUAUGUACGGGGGUGGGACGGGCGGUGGAGGGUACGGGGUCGGUUUGGGCCCGGGUGCGGGGCCAUCGCACUACAUACCCUCGGCCACGUCUGUCGGCUACCAAUUGGGCCCGCCACCCCCGCCGCCCCCGGCCUGUCCGACCGCCGGGACCCAGCUCCUGUCUUACGGACCCAAUCUAUCGCCCCAUCAUAUGCAGCAGACCCACGGGGACGCGCAACAGUCCAAAAGGCGGAGAUCCGACGAGGAUGAUCCCAGCGGGUGUAAAUAUAGAAGGCUGGAGAACGAGAAUGUACAGGACAAAGAGAGAUUUGCGAGUCUUGCGACUUACUGCAGGGAGAAUCAUUGCGAAAUUGAGCGGCGGCGGCGGAACAAGAUGACCGCCUACAUCACCGAAUUGUCCGACAUGGUGCCGACUUGCUCAGCCCUCGCGAGGAAACCGGACAAAUUGACCAUUCUCAGGAUGGCCGUCGCCCAUAUGAGGAACCUCAGAGGCAACACCAGUUCGGACGGCACGUACAAACCCUCGUUUCUGACCGAUCAAGAACUGAAGCACCUGAUCCUGGAAGCAGCCGACGGUUUCCUGUUCGUCGUCAGCUGCAAUACCGGAAGGAUCAUCUACGUAUCCGAUUCCGUAGCGCCCGUUCUAAACUAUACGCAGAACGAUUGGUACGGGACCAGUCUUUACUCUCAGGUCCAUCCGGACGACACCGAGAAGGUGAGGGAACAGUUGAGCGGGGCCGAACCUGAAAACGGUGGCAGGGUGCUGGACUUAAAGACGGGGACCGUGAAGAGAGAAGGACAAUCAUCGAUGAGACUGUGUAUGGGCUCGAGGCGAGGUUUCAUCUGUCGAAUGAAGGUGGGUAACAUGCAGACGACUGGCGACAUGGCUGCCGCCCAUGGUCUUCACCAUGUGAAGCAGAGGAACUCGCUGGGUCCGCCGGCUCGCGACGGACAGAAUUACGCGGUGGUUCAUUGUACGGGGUACAUCAAGAACUGGCCCCCGAACGGUGAUUUUGUUCCCCCGUGUGUACCAGGUGUGGGUUUAGCUGACAGAGAAGCCGCUGGCGUUCAAGUUGGACCCGACGGCGUAGCGUCAGAAGAUAGUGUCAGCACCCACUGCUGCCUAGUUGCCAUUGGGCGAUUACAGGUCACUAGCACACCAAAUAGUAGCGAUUUAACUGGUUCCAAUAGCAAUAACGAAUUUAUUUCGCGUCAUUCGGCAGACGGUAAGUUUACUUUCGUGGACCAAAGAGUCGGCGGGAUUCUAGGAUACACGCCUUCGGAGCUGUUGGGUCACCCGUGCUACGAAUUCUUUCACCAGGAAGACUUGUCGCACAUGCGAGACAGUUUCGAGCAAGUGUUGAAGUUGAAGGGACAACCGGUGCCUAUGAUGUACAGAUUUCGAACCAAAAAUCGUGACUGGGUGUGGUUGAGGACGUCCGCGUUUGCAUUUUUGAACCCGUUUAGCAAUGACAUCGAAUACAUCGUCUGCACGAACACGCACACCAAAUCCUUCCAUCCCGGUAGCGAGGCUCAAACAGAGAACGAGGCUGUGUCGGCGUACGUGCAACCCGGCCUGGAUUAUUCUCUACAGAGACAUCCCACCAGGGAUCCGCUGUACUCGGGGCAUCACAUGAUGCAACACCCGGCAAAUGUCGCCACAGCAGGUCCCCAACAGCCUAGGCCGUCCAGUACGCAAAACGUCUAUCAGGGAUACGAGACGACGCAGUCGCCUAUAGCUUACGGUUCGCCUGGUCAACAAAGCGCAUCUUCUUCUGUUUUAAGUAGAAUACAAAAACCAGCUAAUACUUCGCCAACUCCGGUCCAACAAGCAUGGGCCAUUGGAAGACAGCAACCGGUGACCGAAGGAUAUCAGUACAAUCAGUUGAGCCCAUCGAGGUCUCCGAACGGACCGACUUAUACUCAGUUAAGCAGUGGUGCUAGGACACCGGCUUCGCAAUACCACGCGGUCACGACUGUACCUAACAAUCCAGGUAUGUGGGGAUGGCAGAGUCAGCAGCAUCAAGCGCCGCAGCAGGAUAGCGGGCAGCCGAACCCCCAGGUGGCUGGUCAAGCGCAGCCGCCGCAUCCUUCUCAGGGUGGCACGCAGCCUCAGGAAUUGUCAGACAUGUUACAGAUGCUGCAGGACCAGGGUGGUGCGUCCGGUUUCGAGGAGUUGAACAUGUUCAACACUAAUUUCGAGUAGCGACAAGGAAACAGUGACAUGACCGACGGACAUUUACCUUAAUAAAGCUUUAAGGUUCGAGUUUCACCGAUCAGCGCCCGGGGACAUUCCCGAGCUAUCCGCGCACUUCUACUAUCGCAUUUUAUUACGAUAACUGAGUUCGCCAGUUAGCACCUCUCACCGCGUGAACUUUUACCAAAUCGUCGACUUAUAAUUAAUUAACAUAGAUUCAGCCUAAUCGUCGUCGCGUCGCUAACGUUUUCCGUUACCGCGAUUGAUUUAUGUACGAUUUUAAUUAUCGUACCCAUGGAUCGCGCAGAUUAUUCGAAAUUCGUGUGAACAUCGGUUUGGGAAAGUGCCAUUAGCCAUGUUUCGGAAAUAAAGAAUCGUGGAAAACGAGAACUUAUAAUACGCACAGAUGGAUCGGUCGGCUUAGGAUGCGCUUUUUGACAAGAUAAGAAAUAUGACAUGACAAGUAAAAAUCGUUGUUCUUAAGCAUUUUCUCGUUUUUAUUUUUUUUUACUAUUUCGCUUCUUAAAAAAAGAAAAACGCAACUGUAGCGUAAGUUUAAUUCGAAUUGUACAUGAGGUUUCGAGAAAAACGGGCCUAGAGUUUCAUUGAGCUGUUGUUAAAUGGAUGUAAGUAUGUGUAUAAAAUUCUCGAUAGAAAAAAAAUGCGUGUAAGAUUUGUAAUUGUUCGAGAGAGGGAGAGAAAGACAUAGCUUCGUUCAAAACGAACUUUGAUAAUUGAAGUUUCAGAAGGACACGGACUGCAUGUAACUUGUACGAUUACUGUCACUUUACAUUUUUAUAGAAUUUUAACGCAACAUCUGUGCUUAUUGAUAAGUGUGGGAAGUAAUCUCUCUUUUAAACGGUAGCGAUUUUAAUUCGGUCGAAAACAAUAUAACGCGCUUUCAACGAACGUUCAAGGGGGUUGCAUUCUAAGCGAUAAGAAGAUACAAAAAAUAAAAUAAAGUAUUUUUAAAAAGUUCUCAAUCAAACGAACACAAAUCAUCGUGGUAAUUUUAAUACAAGCUUAUCGUUAGAUUCCUAAGAUUAGCUUAAUUAUUUUAAUUUAGAUCUUUGUAAUUAUAAAUAGUGCAAUCGUCAAAAGUUGACGCCAGACGGGGAAUAAGAUUUAAACUCGACACGACAGCAAUGAUGUACAAAAACUAAUUAUAUGUAAUCCACUUUGCUUCUCUGUGCGAACGAAAAAGAAAUACACACACACCAUUUUUAGAUAUUUCUAAAGAAAAAUAUAGAUAAUGUUACGCAUACAAAAACGUAAUUGCAUUUAUAAGUAACCACGUGUGAUUUAGUGCAUUGUAGAUGUACAUGUCUAGCAAAUUCUUAUUAAAUAGGAUCGAAGAGGAGGAAAAAAAGUUGCAGCAUAUCAUGAUGAAUUGGGAACAUUUGUCACUAAUAUAUAUAAAAGUUUACAUUACACGUAUAAUUCUUUUUAAUCAUCCUACGUUGGAAGUAGCUACGAUUACUGACAAUAAUUAACAUAUUGAGGUCAUCGGAGGCGUCAAUAUGUAUAACGCAAAUGAUUGAUUAAAGUUCGAAACGUA